AUGGUGUUUCGACCAGCCGUCAGCUCGCUGCCCAUCAAGGAUCACUUCAACCAGCACCAGGUCGAUGUUCUCGUCUCGCUCGAGCGCGCUGGCGGCUCCAUCAGCCUCGUCGCCCUCGUGUUCAUCUUUCUCGCCUACGCCUUGAUCCGCAGCGUCCGCAACGUACAAAACACCUUCAUCGUCUUCGCCAGCGUCUCCAACGUCGGAGCCAGCAUCGCCAGCAUCAUCGCCCUCGAUGGCCUGCAGGCGGGCAAGGGAACCGCGCUUUGCCAGACGCAAAGUUUCUUGUUCGAAAUGUUCAUGCAAUCCGACCCUUGGUGGUCUCUAGCCAUGGCCAUCAACGUCUUCCUCGUCUUCUACUUCCGCACCAGCCCCGACUCUUUUCGCCGCUGGUGGUGGUUGUACUGCCUCAUCUGCUACGGUGGACCCUUUGUCAUCGCCCUGACCCUCCUCCUUGUCAAGAGCCCGCGCGGCCUCAUCUAUGGGCAAGCAACGAUUUGGUGUUGGGUUGAUGACAGGUGGGAUAGUAUUCGCAUCUAUACUUACUACAUGCUCAUCUGGAUCUGCAUCGCCGGCUCCUUUGUCUGCUAUCUCUUGGUUGGAUAUCACGUUUUUCGGUCGCGGAAUCAGCUCCGCAGCUUUCCUGCUUCUAAGAGUCGCGAGGCGGGCCACUAUGAGCGGGUACCAUACAGCCUCUCCCUAGCCGCUAUUCUCUCUCCUUAUUCAGGCUGGCAGCUAACGGUAGACGCCAUUUUUGGGCAGGCUAUCCCCGACGACGGGAACAGACGAGAUGGCUUCUACGGCACCGUCACCACCGAAGUCCGAGUUGUGCACUCGUCAGCCUCGGCGGGCGUCAACACCCUUCUCGAGCCCAAGAGAGCCCGUCUCCCCACCACAGGACAGGUCUCCUUCGAUAGCGCCUCCUCCCCCGAGAGGCAGAACGCCCCUGAUGCGCAGUACUACUCGACCGUCACGUCCGCCGCGCCGCGUCGUGCCAAGUUCACGUCACCCCUUAGCCUCAUCGUCAGGGCGGUCAGACGUACUGCGUCCAAGUUUGUCAUCGACGACCCGGUCAAGCGAGCCUACCUGCGCACGAGCUUGCUCUUUGCCCUGAGCGUCCUCGUCACGUGGAUUCCCAGCAGCCUGAAUCGCAUCCACGGCUGGCUCGACGGCUCCUCGCCCUACGAGUACCAUGUCGCGACCGCGGCUGUGCUGCCUCUCCAGGGGCUGUGGAACUUUCUCAUCUUUUUCAUCACGAGCUGGCGGGUCGUGAAGCGAUUCAUCCUGGGCAAGCCGAUGGAGGUGUCGCAACCGUCGAGAGAUGACGCCAAUGGCACCAUGGACCGGGCUGCGGGCCGAGACCGAACCAAUCGUGCAGACGACUUGCGGACCGAUACGGACUUUGACGACGCUGAGUCGGGAAACAUGGGUAGCGACGUCGAACUGCGCCGCGUGUCGGAGCAACAGGUGAACAGGACGGCCAGUCGAUGA